CCGGCCGCACUGGCAUGUGGCAUCGUGUCCUCUACGAAUCUCAUCUCGCGGCAGGCUUGUGUCGCACGGGCGAGCUGCGUUACGGCAAGAUGUACGCGGUGCUGGGCCGGCGUCACGGCCGCGUGCUGGGCGGCGACCUGCGCGAGGGCUCGCAGAUGUUCCAGGUGACGGCCGUGCUGCCCGUGGUGGAGAGCAUGCAGUUCGCCAACGAGAUACGCAAGCAAACCUCGGGGCUGGCCAACCCGCAGCUCGUCUUCAGCCACUGGGAGCUCGUGGACGUGGAUCCCUUCUGGGUGCCGUCGACCGAGGAAGAGUACGCGCACUUCGGGGAGAAGGCCGACACGGAGAACCGGGCCCGCAAGUACAUGAACGCCGUGCGCAGGCGCAAGGGCCUGCCCGUCAGCGAGAACGUGGUCGAGCACGCCGAGAAGCAGCGCACUCUGUCCAAGAAGAAGUAGCCGCAGCUGCAAGGCGACUUGGCGGGGCACCCGCCGCCGCAGCAGGCGACGGUCGUUAAACGUGUCGCGGUGCUUCCAACGCUCCGCCACUGCCUGAGCACUACGAAGAACGUGCAGCUGACAGCUGCAAGAAGCGUAAAUUGAAAGGAUAAUUUUAAAUGGAAAGGCUGCACCUGCGCAGUGACGUUCCGCUGGUACAAGGAAUAAAGUGUACCGCACACUGUUGAA